GCCCACACUCUCAUGGCACCACAACACACCACGCCAGUACAAGCGGCGCCUGUCAUUUGUCUACCGCCUGCUAGCUGCUUCCCUCUGCGUCCGGCGAACUUAGACGUCACACAGCCGGCCACUGGUGCGACAACUCCUAGCUCGUCGGCCGCUGGUACGUGCGUACGUAGAUCCAUCGAUGGCGGCCACCAUGACCGUCGAGGAGGUGAGGAAGGCGCAGCGGGCGGAGGGGCCGGCCACCGUGCUCGCCAUCGGCACGGCGACGCCCGCGAACUGCGUGUACCAGGCCGACUACCCGGACUACUACUUCAAGAUCACCAAGAGCGACCACAUGGCCGACCUCAAGGAGAAGUUCAAGAGGAUGUGUGACAAGUCGCAGAUCAGGAAGAGAUAUAUGCACCUAACGGAGGAGAUCCUUCAGGAGAACCCCAACAUGUGCGCCUACAUGGCGCCCUCCCUGGACGCGCGCCAGGACAUCGUCGUCGUCGAGGUCCCCAAGCUCGGCAAGGCGGCCGCGCAGAAGGCCAUCAAGGAGUGGGGCCAGCCGCGCUCCAAGAUCACCCACCUCGUCUUCUGCACCACCUCCGGCGUCGACAUGCCCGGCGCCGACUACCAGCUCACCAAGAUGCUCGGCCUCCGCCCCUCCGUCAAGCGCCUCAUGAUGUACCAGCAGGGCUGCUUCGCCGGCGGCACCGUGCUCCGCCUCGCCAAGGACCUCGCCGAGAACAACCGCGGCGCGCGCGUGCUCGUCGUCUGCUCCGAGAUCACCGCCGUCACCUUCCGCGGCCCGCACGAGUCCCACCUCGACUCCCUCGUCGGCCAGGCGCUCUUCGGCGAUGGUGCGGCCGCGGUGAUCAUCGGCGCCGACCCCGACGUGUCCGUGGAGCGUCCCCUGUUCCAGCUCGUGUCCGCGAGCCAGACCAUCCUGCCGGACUCGGAGGGCGCCAUCGACGGCCACCUCCGGGAGGUCGGCCUCACCUUCCACCUGCUCAAGGACGUGCCCGGGCUCAUCUCCAAGAACAUCGAGCGUGCCCUAGAGGAGGCCUUCAAGCCACUCGGCAUCGACGACUGGAACUCCGUCUUCUGGAUAGCGCACCCAGGCGGCCCGGCGAUCCUUGACAUGGUGGAGGCCAAGGUAAACCUCAACAAGGAGCGGAUGCGCGCGACCAGGCAUGUCCUCUCCGAAUACGGCAACAUGUCCAGUGCCUGCGUCCUCUUCAUCAUGGAUGAGAUGCGCAAGCGCUCCGCCGAGGAUGGUCACGCCACAACCGGCGAGGGAAUGGACUGGGGCGUCCUCUUCGGCUUCGGCCCCGGCCUCACGGUGGAGACCGUCGUCCUCCACAGCGUCCCCAUCACCGCCGGGGCAACCGCAUGAUCAUCGCUCCUUAUCCAUUUAUCUUCCUCAUGCAUGGAAAAACCUACGUACUACGUACAGCAGCUUCUACACUGCCGAUCGAGUUUGUACCAUAUAUAUUCUACCGUACGUGCGUGGUUUGUAUGUGUUGGUAGAAGAUGCAUUCUCCUGUUAGUCUGUGUCGCGCACGCCGUUGCAUACUUUCUAGUAGUAACACAACCGAGCUUUUACAGGUUUAUUAUAAGCAAAGUGUGGUCAUAAUGUGGAGUGUGAGGUGUAUUACCUGUGUACGAAAAGAUUGGCUGUUCAAUUUGAACCUUAUGUGGUUGGAAAGCAAAUGGUGAUUCUUUCAAAGCUUUAUUGAAAUACA